AGCCUAAGUAUUGCUCGAGCAAUUGACGCAUUGCACGGUUUUGAGGUGGGGCUUGGUGUCGGCAGGGACUCUAGUGCUGUGGAUAUCGCGAUACCUGCCGAAAUCAGAGCUCUUCGAGGGCGUUUACCAAGGCCUUACUACGGAGAGCCUCACAGCCCAUCUGCCUGCAUGCGGCGCAUACGUGCCGCAUACGCCACACGCCUCGCAUACGUGCUACAUUGGCGUUGCAUAGCUCACUGCUGCUAAUAAGCCAAUUACAUAAAUGGCUCAGGCUCACACCGCGUCUGGCAUCGACGCUGUGCUGGCGCGCUGCUCGGCGGCCCACCGCGAGGCGCUGGAAGAGACCUCGUCGGCCGCCGUCGCCGCGUCCCAGGACGCGGCCCGAAAACACGAGCGCAGCCAGCGCGUCGCCAUCGCGCGCUGCCUCCGCCGGCUCGGCUGUCAAGUCGACUCGGCCGGCGACGAGGCGGUCGAGCUCGUGGCCGUCGCGUCGACGUCGUACGGGGCGACGAACGCCAUGCCCCGGGCGCCGCCGCCGCCCGUCGCUGCGGCUUCGACGGCGCCGAAGCCCGGGCGACGGCGUGGCUAGGAGUAUUA